UUCAUGGCCAACGACUUGGGAAGGCGGUGUGGGUUCUGCCAUAGAGCUGUAGGGGACAACGUCAGACGUACCCCCGGGGGAACAGGUGGUAACUGUGGCAAGCAUCAGCAAUUCACUCCUUUUUGUACGAUCUUGUCGGCGACCAGCUCUGCGAGAAGCUGUAUGGAACAAAGGACCAUCUCAUUGCUCGCUUGUGAGCCGGCCCGGUGCUCUGCGUGCUGACGAUGACCACGCAAUUGCUGGCCACAGAGCUGGCGAAUCUCAUUCAGGAGAGCAAGCGGAAACACAAUGACUUACGACAGGCAGCGGAAAAAUCUCUAGACGACCUCAGAAAUUUGAGAAACACUUCUGAACAGGGUGCGCCUGAAGAGCUUGCCACCAAGGUCAACUUUGUCAACCCUUUCAUCAUCGCAUGUGGUACCAAGAAUGCAAAGUUCACUGCCAUUGCAAUUGUGUGCCUGCAGCGACUCAUUGUAGCGCGGGCCCUGCCGCGCUCGAGGCUGAAUCAGGUCCUCGAGGCGCUGAUGCAGGCAUCCUCCGCCGGUGCCCUCGAUGUCCAGCUCAAAAUCCUGCAAGCUCUUCCAUCGCUGCUGCAGAACUACUCCAGCGAUCUGAAGGGUGACCUUCUGGUGAAUGCCCUCAACAUCUGUUUCACAUUGCAAAGUAGCAAGAAUGCCAUCGUCAACAACACCUCGGCGGCGACCCUGCAGCAACUUGUCGUCUCUGUCUUCGAUAAGGUUGUUGUGGAAGACAAAAGCGGAAAGGAUACCUCCCCAGCUGGUGUUGCGCCAACCUCUGACGGCGAAGUGGAACUUGGCGCCGCUGCCCUUGAUGCUUACCGAAUCUUCAACGAUCUUUGUCUCCUGACAGAGAACCAAAGACCUGAAUUCUUGCGGUUUCAAGGCUUACCGCAAACCUUUGGACUGGAGCUGAUAGAAUCGGUCAUCACGAACCAUGCCUCUGUUUUCACCAGUCAUCCGGAGCAAGUGUACGUGCUACGGAACAGGGCUAUGCCGCUCAUUACGAGCGCCCUCAAGGGGAGGCCGUCAUUCGCCACAACUGUUCGCCUUGUCCGGAUUUUAUACACCAUGCUGCGCCGACAUAUCAACGUCUUGCCUGAAGAGUGUGGAGAAGCACUAGGCAUAUUGACUGCUUUGCUGGAUCAAGACGCGACACUAUGGAAACGGGCGCUUUGCAUGGAAGUCUUCCGCGGGAUUUUCGCUGAGCACAGUCUUUUACGUCGCAUCUAUGCUCUCUACGACGCACGGGAAGGAGAAAGGGACGUCUUGAAGAAUUUGUGUGCCACAUUUGUCCGCCUCAGCACCGAAAAGCCAGCCGUCAUCGGUCUCGGGCAUCAGUCCUCAGUGCCAGCCGCUGCCCCCCAAGAACCGGCCCAAGACCAGGCAGUCCUGGAGGCGAGCGGAAUCACGGGGAUCAUCAGCAGCGGGACGACUUCAGAGGGACCGCAAGUUGGAAUCAGCACCAAAUGGAGUACCAUCCGUGUGCCUUGUAUUGACCAACUCGACAAGACGGAACCGCCGGCCGUACCAGAGUCUUACACCUACAGCCUUAUUUUGUCCUGCAUAUCAUCGCUAUCCGAUGGACUGGCCAAGUUUGUUCUGCCUCUGACAGUCACCAACGAAGCUCGUAACAGGAGAAAGUUGGCGAAACAUGAGGAUGAUGUGGAUUCGCCCGCCGCGGAUGCAGAAUCAGGAGAGAGGUUGGAGAGGGCAGCGUCGUUCAAGAAGAAUCCCCUACCCGUCAACCCCUUGACACAAGAGGAUCAUCCGAUGCACUCAGAAGUCAAGAUAUGCGCUGCUCUCGUCGACGAGUGCUGGCCCGCUAUCCUGGCCACAUGCUCGACAUUCCUGUAUGCAGCCAUGGACUCGGAGUACUACCAUGGCCUAGUGCGCGCCUUUCAACGAUUUGCACACGUCGCCGGGCUUCUGCAGCUUGCCACGCCUCGAGAUGCUUUCCUGACAACGCUGGGAAAGGCUGCCGUGCCGCCCAACGUGUUCACCGCUUGUCUCACGGCUGGCCAGCGUCCGGGAACCGGCUCGGCGGGCGACGGCUCAUCGAGCAUCUUGAGCAACGCGCGUGGCUUGCUGAGCACCGACAACCUGUCCACACCGACGGCGGAGAAGCGUCAACCAUCCUUCGAUGCCCAGAUGGCCAUGCUCAACACGCGCAACUUGCUAUGCUUGCGAGCGCUUCUCAAUCUCGGUAUCGCUCUUGGGCCGACUCUCAGUAGCGCGUGGCGGAUCGUGUUGGAAACGCUGCAGCAGGCCGACUUUGUUCUCUUCUCGAGUGCGAAAACGCCUGGAAGAACACCGUCUAUCUACAGAGGCCAUGUCAACUCUGGAGAGCAAGAGGGAGGAUCCCUGACAGCGAACUUUGGAAAUGAGGUGCGGGCUGUCGAAACAGCGGCAUCACGGCUCAUGGAGAGCACCGUUGACUUUCCCAACGAGUCCUUUCUUCAGGUCGUCCAGGCAAUUCGCCGGCUGCUACAGCGAAGUGCAACCGACAAACCAGAUACAAAGCGGCAGCCGUCGAGUCAAGCGAACGAGAAGAUGCCAGCACUGCAGGCGCCAGGCCAACACCGACGUGUCUCGAGUUUCUCAACUGCGUCCUCUGGGCCCCCGACGCAGGAAGACCAAUUCGCCCUGGUCAAGUUGGGAGAGGUUGCUAGUAUCAACAUUGAGCGCUUGCUCGCAUACCCCCCUGACGAAUCGGGCUGGACCUUGAUUGUGGAGGGACUCGUGGAGAAUCUCAACUCCAAGAUAGACGCUACCUCAGUCCGCACCAGAGCGGCAGAGACAUUGGCAAAACUGAUGCUGGAGACGGCCAACCUGACCGAAUCAUUGCCCGAGGAAGCCCGGGGCCCCGUGCAGCUCCGUAUGCUGCAGGCGUUGAGCUCUGCGGUGGAGCCCCUCCAGGAGGAAGAUCGGGAGGUCUCGGUUGCCGUUCGCGCCGUCGACGUCAAUAUCCAUCGCAUCAUUCUCGAUGGCCUCAAGAGCAUCGUGGAAGAAUGCGGCGAGAGCUUGGUCAGAGGCUGGGAGGUUGCUUUUGACAUCAUUGGCAGUGUCUUCAUCCUGAAAGAGACGGCUGGGGACGAGAGAGCUGCCACUGAUCCCACCCUGAUCAAGACGCGGUCACCAAAGUUGGUGAGAGCCUCGUUCAGCUCACUGCAGCUCAUUGCUUCAGAUUUCCUCGCUUCGCUACCCAACUCAUGCUUUCUAAUACUCGUUGAUACCCUGUACAAAUUUUCUUCACAGGACGACGAUUUGAAUAUCGCACUUACAACCGUCACCUUCUUCUGGGUCCUAUCCGACUUUCUCUCCAGCAAGAGUGAAUCACUGAAGAUCACUGCAGAGCUCAUGGAGGAGAGCGAAGCAUCUGAUCUCACCAAAAAGGCCUCUGAUCAUAGCCAUAAGGCAUCGGUGCCUGCGCUCUGGAUGCUCUUGCUACUGCGCUUGACAGCAGUGGCCUCGGACGACAGACUGGAGCUCCGCAACAGCGCCAUUCAGACAUUGCUGCGCAUAUUCGAUGCGUACGGGGAUCGACUGAGUCCUGAAGCGUGGCUCAUUUGCGUCAAGUCCGUCGUUUUCAGGCUUCUCAUUGCUUUGCAGGUGGAGCUCGAAGCAGCGCAGCAGGGAGCUACUGAUGGCAGCGAGUUGAGCGACUGGACUGGGACUGCCGUCGUGGUGCUUGACGGCAUUUCCGCCUUGUUGGCCGACUAUCUCGAGGUGCUUCUGCAAAGCCCUGGCUUCGGCAAGCUUUGGAAUGAUCUUUUUGAUCAUUUAGCAAGCAUGCUUGAGUUUGAGAUUCUGGACAUCGACACUGCCACCUACAAAGCCCUGUCACGUAUCUUGUCCCGGGCCAACAGCAAAGGGGGGCCAACCUUGAGCCCCGAGAAUAUCGAGCGAGCUUGGGGCACCUGGUCUCGUAGCGUCCCGAACUCGAGUCUAUCCUCCAGCACCCCCACUUCAUUCAACAAUCAAGCGUGUCUGAGCGCCUACGUGUCCGCGCUGCGGCAAGUGUACGCCCUGAUCCAGAAUCAGCUCAGCGCAUCCAAAGUGGAACAGAUUCUUGAACUACUCAACACCACCGUCGAAAGGGCCACGAUGAGCAACUACAGCUCAGAUAUUGAGCAAACUACUCAGCUUCAAAGCGAAGUUCUCGAUGCGAUUAACAUGAUCCGUACUGAUGUGCCUGGCGUGCCAUCAGCAGUCAUCGAACAAUUGGCAGUCUUUGUCACGUUGGCUUUCAGCGAUGAGCAGACAAAUGCAGGACCAGGUCCUAGGUGUACUUUCGUCGCCUUGUCCAAGGCCAGCAUGGCCAUGAUGGAGACGCUAGUCAUCCAACAUGCAGCAGACCCUGACCUUGGUAUCUACACGAGCGGCGCUCUAGCUACCGCUCUUUCCGCGCUCAGGGAGCCCGUUACUCUGAAAUACCAAUUUGGGAUCAAGACAAAGCUCGAGCAGCCAUGGCGACUAGCUACAAAGACGGCUUUGUCCAUUCUCGAGCCAACACUGAGUCAACUGAGCAAGAUUGACAUUGCCAAAACAAACAGUGAUGAGAUAUGGACAGAGAUCGCCCGACUUGCUGCAGGCAUCAUUCAGGUGGAACCCAGUGUGUUGGAAAACGAGCCUUCUCUGGCAGAUGACGAAGUCUUCGACAUUGAAGCUUUCCACAAGUUACGAGCACUUAUCGUGCCCCUGCUAGGUACCUCGUCUGUAUCAGAGGACGUGCGCAAGGACUACGCCCUGAGUCUGUUCAUGGCCUCGACGAUACACCACACCCUACCGGCCCAAGACUCUUUCGACCAGCUCACCAGCGGCAACGACUGCAUGUCAUCACUGUAUACUAUUCCCCCAGGUCGUACUGUAUCGACCAAAUCACAUCCUCGGGCCAACAUAGCCUUCGUCGCGCUGGAUGAGAUGUUCAGCCUCGUGUCGGUCAGCGACACGACUGGCCCAACCGCUGAGCUUGAGAGUCGCAUUGCUUGUACAGUAGCGCCUUAUCUUCUUGUUCGCUGCGGAAACACCCUACGGGCAUUCAUCGCCGACCAGCCCUUGCGAGGACGCAUGCCCCAGCCACUGAGCGAGAAGAAAGAGCUGGUCUGGUUAUUGAAGAAGCUCGUGGCGCUACAUAGCCGGGUCGACGCGAUUCAGCCUCUCGAAAAUGCCGACAGCGACUACCGGAAGCAUCUGUUGCGGCUCUAUCCCCUGAUUGUCAAGUCCAUCGGCGUAAAUCCUGAUGACGAGGUUUCGAGACUACUGAGAGAGGCGUUGGAUGUCAUUGGUGGCGAGCUAGGCCUUUGAACGAACACAAAUAUACAGAAA